CCCCGUGACGGCCAGGCCCCGCCUUCGUGUCGGUGCUUGACGGUGCGGGCUGGGCCGGCUCUGGGUUCCUCGCUGCCUCCGGGUUUCUGCCUCUCUCUCUCGGAUCAGGUUGUUCCCGGGAUCCCUGGAAGAUGAACUGCAGCAAGAGGCUCAACAAGGAGCUGAGCGACAUCAAAGAUGCAGACAAGUCCUAUGUUCGCAUCAUGCAAGCAGAAGACAACGUCUUCUUCUGGCAGGCUCUGAUUUUACCACAACAACCGCCUUACAACAAGGGAGCGUUUCGGAUUCACAUCAACUACCCAUCGGACUACCCCUUCAAACCACCCAAAGUCACCUUCAAGACGCAGAUUUACCACCCCAACAUCGACGAGAAGGGGCAAGUCUGCCUCCCGAUCAUCAGCGCAGACAACUGGAAACCAGCCACAAAAACAAUGCAAGGUGACAAGUCCGAACCCGAGAGAGCCUCCUGCCGCACGGGGUUAGGGACAGGGUAGGGCUCGGUCGACAUUGCCCUGACUGUGUUCGGGCUCCCCACUUUAUACCCAGUGCCAGGACAGGGCGAGCACGGGGUUCGAUACAGUGUGGAGGUGUCUCUCCAUUACUCUCUGUGCGAUAUUGCUCUGUCCCUGGGCAUGGGGCAGCCUGACUGACACUGUCUUGCUGAAAUGGGGUGUAAUCGAGCGGGGAAUGUUGUGACGUUAGCACCUGGAGUCCAUCCCCCACACACAUCUCUCACUUAUUCUGUCUCUCUCACUCUGUCUCAGUUUCCACUGUUCAGCCCCGCACGUCCUGUUUCGCCACCUCCUCCUCUGUUUUAGCUGUCCGUGCUCCCUGUCCCUCCGCGCUCCCCAGUCCUGCCCGUCUCCCCAUCCCUUUGCGCUCCCCAGUCCUGCCGUCUCCCCAUCCCUUUGCGCUCCCCUGUCCUCCCCAUCUCCCCUGUCCUCCCAUCUCCCAGUCCCGCUACACUCCCUUCCCCCCCGCCUGUCUCCCCAUCCCUCUGCGCUCCCCCGUCCUGCCCAUCUCCCUGUCAUGCCGCACAUGCCCUCUGCCCAUCUCCCCAUCCCUCCGCGUUCACCCGUCCCGCCCGUCUCCCCGUCCCGCCGUGCUAGCCCUCCCCAGCCCCUCCACCCCCAUCCGAAUGUUUCCCUAUCUAUUCCACCCCCACCCACUUCUGGGACCGGAGUAUGUCGAGGGCAUUUGCCCAAAAUGUGUCGUGUUUGAGCAAUGGAUGGGGAGGGAGGAUGGUAUUGUCUUGAGUGCAGGGAUGGUGCGGGGGGGGAGGUUUAAAGGUCAGAGUGCGAAGGGCUGCCGAGCGUUGCCGCGCCCUGUUUGGUUUCUCACGCCUGUGGGUGUUUUUUUUCCUCCCCGCCCACCCCUCGGCCCGUUCCGCGGGGCCAGUCAUCCUCGACUCGCUGCUGAAUCUGAUCGACAACCCUGAACCUGAGCAUCCGCUGCGCACCGAACUGGCGGAGGAAUACAGCAAGGACCGCAAGAAGUUCUUCAAGAACGCGGAGGAGCACACACGGAAGUACAGUGAGACGCGCCAGACUGAAGGGAGCCGGGGGGGGCCAGCCCCCUUUGACCACAGGACCUUCUCUCCUCCCUCACCCCCGACCCUGGAUCGACCCCUGGCCUCCCUAACAUCACCCGAACUGUUUUCCCCCCGCUCCUCCAAUUGACCCCUGACCUUGCUUAGGUCAACCCUAACCCUACCCCCUCCUCUGAUCGACCCCUGACCCCCCCUAACGUCAACCCCAGCCCACACCCCUCCUCCCAAUCGCCCCCCUGGCCUCCCUAACAUCAACCCAAACUCUUUCUCCCCCUCCUCCCAAUUGACCCCUGAUCUUCCUUAGGUCAACCCUAACCCUACCCCUCCUCCGAUCAACCCCUGACCUCCCUAACGUCAACCCUAACACCCCCCCCCCCCCCCCCCCCCAAUCACCUCCGUCACGUGUCUCGCUGCCGGUUUCGAUCAGAAAUCUGUCGCUGUGUUUGGAUCGCUGUCUCCGUGCUCUCGAUCUCUUAUGGUUCUUGUCAUGCUCUCGUUUUAUUUCUUCCAAAAUCAGGGAAAGGGAAAUGAUCCUCCCCCCCCACCUCACCACCCCCCCCCCCCCCCAACCCUUUCCCAACCCACCACCCUCGGCAGAUGCUCACGCUCUGUAGGGCAGAGGAAGGGAGGAGUGGGGUGUUUGUUUCAGGUCAUUUCUGUCUGUCCCCGGGGCGGGAGACGGGAUAAGGACUGUGGGAGGGUAGGGGUUUGUGGGAGACACUAUAUUGAUCGUCAGGAGGAGAGGAGAGGUGAACAGGAAAUGGAAAGCAUAUCAGAGGGCAGUGGGGUAUAAACGGGGAAUGGGGCUUUUGGAGGAAGGGUGGGUGAGCGAGUGCGGCUGUGAAAGGAGAGGGGGGGGGCGGUGGUGCAGUUGUGAGGGAAGAGGAGGGUGCUGGAGCAGUAGGGGAGGGAAGAAAGCAGGGAAAGAGGUGGGGGAAGGGGAGAAGGACGCGGAUGGGAUGGGGUCUCAUUAAGUCUAUCGUUUCUUCUGCGAUAGAAUUUCUUUUUUUCUAAUGAAUACGAAAAAGAAAAUUAAAAAAAAAUGUUGGCACAUUGA